AUGCAAGGCCUCGCGCCAUCUUCCAAGCUGUCUCUGACCGUCGUGGUCGUGGUGCUUCUCCUCGGCAUGGCGGGCGCCGCCCACGGCCUGACGAGGGUCGUCUCCAGCAGCCCCGACGAGCCGUGCAUGAACAUGACGCUCUACUACCACGACAUCCUCUACAACGGCAACAACACGGCCAACGCGACGACGGCGGCGGCCACCAAGCCGACGGCGCUGGCCACGACCUACUGGAAGAACAGCACCUACUUCGGCGCGCUGAUGGUGUUCAACGACCCCAUGACGGUGGGGAAGGCGCUGCCCCUGGCCGGGGAGGAGCCGGCGGCGCGCGCGCAGGGGUUCUACUUCUACGACAAGCAGGAGUCGCUGACCUCCUGGUUCGGCUUCUCCAUCGUGUUCAACUCGACGGCGCACAAGGGCACGCUCAACCUCGUCGGCGCCGACCUCAUGGGCGACGCCACGCGGGACUUCUCCGUCGUCGGCGGCACCGGCGACUUCUUCAUGGCGCGCGGCGUCACAACCAUCCGCACUGACGCCAUCGAGGGCCUCUACUACUUCCGCCUGCAGAUGGACAUCAAGCUCUACGAGUGCUACCUCUGA